CUCGCACGAACGUCGCCGGCCGUUUAGUCGUGCCGCGAGGCCUUUGACGUGCGAGCGAGAGUCUGUAGCGCUGCGUCCGACGAACGGUUCACCUGCAUUCUCACCCCCUCAAUCACCCGAGUUGCCAAAUCAUUCAUCGUCAGUCUUGUCGGGGACGUCUGCCCGCGUCGAACUGAAAUCAACCCCCGCCCGGUCGGUAACGACGAGCCGCGUAUUCGCGUGUGUUUCGUGCCCGUUUUGCCGUCGGUAAAGUCGGGAUCGUUGCGAAAAAAAUAAACAAUCGGCGGCUGUGGCGUACCGGUCGCGAUGGCCGCGUCUCUGUGAGAGAAAGAACUCGCGUGUGCCUGUGUUAUUGUGGUAUACUUUGUGCGCUGUCGGGGACCACCGGUAACGAUGGAUAUACUGCCGAGCGUCGACAUAUUCAGGGAGCUGGAGGAUAUCCACGACACCGGCUACUUUUCCGCGAAGCCGUCGCUCGAGGAUCACUGGCAACAGACGUGCUACGAGAUGGAACGGUACCUCAAAGACGAGCCGAAAAAGAUGCAAUCGUACAAGAAACUGCCGGGCGACGCGACGAGUUGUGGCGCGUGGUACGAGGUCACCUCCAUCGAGGACUAUCCGGAUCACAGACACCUGGACGCUCUGAGCUCGGCCAGUUCGCCCUGCUCGUGGGACGGCGCCCUCUCCUGCGCCGUCCUAGUCAAACAGGAACCGAUAGACGACGAGGAGUUGGAAGACGACGACUCGUACGACGCGCACCAUCAGAACGGCGACACCCUGCAGCUGAGGCUCGUGGCGAGGAACUCGACGACGCUGACGCCACCGUCGAGUCCGGAAUCCGGACCCGGACACAGUAACGGUAGCUCGAGCGCGAGCGAGUUAGACGUGUGCGGCCUCCGUCUGGGCAACGGCCACCACAGGAACACCAUCGUCAGGGUGCGCGCGUCGGGCCUUACCCGAAUCAUAUCGGUGGUACCGAGAGGUGGGGGCGGAGGGCAGGGGGCGGCGCCGCUGUCGCCGCCGACGAACGGCACCAAGCACCGCCUCGACCAUUCGCCAGACAGCAAGCGCAGGAUACACAAGUGCCAAUUCUUGGGCUGUAAAAAGGUCUACACCAAAAGUUCCCACCUCAAGGCUCACCAAAGGACACACACAGGCGAGAAACCGUACAAGUGCUCGUGGGAGGGAUGCGAGUGGCGUUUCGCGCGAAGCGACGAACUGACCCGACACUACCGCAAGCACACCGGCGCCAAACCGUUCAAGUGCCGCCACUGCGAGCGCUGCUUCAGCCGCUCGGAUCACCUGGCGUUGCACAUGAAGCGGCACACCUAAGGACGCCGUCGUCGUCGUCGCGGCGUCCGCCGCCGCCUCACUGCCAGUUACCGUUUUAUAUACUGUGUAAAUAUUUACUAUACCCCGGCGUAAGGGACCGAACUUAGAAGACAGUGCGUGUAGUUUAGGACGUCGUCGUGUGGCGCGGGAAAAGAAAAAAGUGGCGGAGCGUGGUCUCUAGGGGCGCCCGCCCGCGCCACACUUCCGAGUGAUGUUCAAAUCCUGUGAUCGAAUGAGAAGUAAAGGGGCGAGUCCGGGGGCUCCUUUCGCCCCCGCCGCCCGUUCAAAACAUACAAAAAUUAAAACACUUACAGGGCGUUUUUUUAUUUGUUUCCGAAUAUACUGUACGGUUUCGUCGUAUAUAUAUAUAUAUAUAUAUAUAUAUAUAUAUAGUGCGUAAGAUAUUAUCGCUUCCCCGCUUCAGCGGGGAGCGGAGCGGACGAGGGCGCGCGGCUUUCGACGUCUCUCCCCCCGCCACCUCGCCCCCACGCCACCGGAAACGUGGGCGUUUUAUUUUAUUUUUAUUAUAAUUUUUUAUUUUUCCUCGUUUUUCUACGUAAGUUGACGUGUAUCAAAAUAGAUUAGGAACGUCGUAUCGUACGUGCAAUGAGGUCGGGGGGCGGUAGCAACCGCCCCCCACCCGUCUAUAGUUGGCAAUUGAAAUCAAAAUAUACGAGCGUAGAUAAAAUAUACAUUUAUUAUUAUUAUUAUUAUUGAUUAUCGUUAUUGUUGCAAAUCGGGAAUCAAAUUCCCAUACGCGCGUUCGUUAACGGUAGUUCAAAUGUACAAAGCGUAGGUCGCGCCUACCGAAACUGAAAGCCGGUAUUCCUACGAUUCGUUCGGCUGGUAUGAUAUAUAAGUCUCUAUACCUCAGCAACCUGAAAGAGCUGAGAAUGUUAAGGGGGAGCUUUCUACGAGAGGUACGUCGAAAAAACUUUGUCUCCUGUAUUUUUGAAAAAAUAUAUUAAACAAAGAAAAUCUAGUCGGCUACUGUCACUUCUUAGGGCGUUUCCCAUUUUUAGUUUCUACAGAAAAUACGACUAAUAACUAUUUUUUAAUUAAUGGACCACUUUUUAAUUAACUAGUCAAAAAAUGUUUUAAAUUACAUCUUGCAACUGUAGAGUGUUAGCUAUCAUUAUUUAAUAAUAAAAUGUAUUUAUCAAUCGUCAAUUGACACAAAAAAAUUCAACCGAUCAAUUCCCGAACCCUACUGGUGGACAUAACGCACUACCCUUAAUUUUAAACAAAGAACCAACUUCAAGUUAACAACUCAUAUAACAACCAAAUUUAUAAUUUAACAACGACCAGAACGCAUUCUAGUCUACUUGUUCAACUUGUCGAACGCAGUAUAAAGUCUACGAUAUUUUUCGAAAAGAAAUUUUAAAUUUUUAAAAAAAUAUACGGGACUUUCCGUACGCAAAAUCGAUUUUUCGGUUGACAACAAUGAAAUUGUUACUCAAAAAACUAUAAUAAUCAAACCAUUAAACACCAACACCCUCUAUAACCCUCAAACCGUAAUAGAUAUCCACGUGUGGUUUUUGGCGUAUUCAGAGUAUUUAGCAACUAAAAAUGGGUAACAAAAUUCAUUCAAACUUUUUGGAGAUACAGGGUAUUUAAGUAUUAAAAAAAAUGUUUUUUUCUUAUUUUAGAACAUAUCUUCUAGAUUUUACUUGAUUAAGUACGAAGUAUUAAUGCCAUAUAAAUAAACAAAACUAUAGCAUAGAUAAGCGUGUUUUCGUUGAACCAGUGACGUUCGUGAGGCCGUUUUUGUUAGUUUGAAAUUAAAAAAACGGCAACGAUUCGUCGCAUUUUUGCUAAUCGCUAUAGAUACCACGAUCAAUUCUAAACGAAAAUGGUCUUUCGAGAGAAAAAAUUAUUGCUUGCACACGCACCUAACUGGCGUACCACUUUUUUUAUUAUUUAAUUUUAACUGUUUAAACAAAAUACGGUUAUAUAUGCUAUACAUUUGGCUUUCUCUCAUAAUAAUACUAAGUUUCAGGAUUUUUUUUAGAAACUUUAAAACUUUUUACUUAUUUUUAACUGUCGAAUACGCUGCCAAUGUUUCGCCAUUACAGGUAGCUCCUUUAUUUUUAUGGAUACAAAGUUGCGGUUUUCACGAAACUAAAGUUGCUAUCAAUAAAAUUUUUUGAAAUUCGGACCGUCUUUUUUUGUAGACUAUAAAAUUAGUUUUCUUCUUACCGUUUCAAAAAGAUAUACGGAAAGCAAAUAAAUGACAAUCUUCCAAAAUAAAUGUUUACUUUAGUAGAAAGCCACGAAUACCAGUAAUAAACAAUUGAAAGUUAAAUUUUGCUGACCAAGAACUACAUCCCUUUUGAAGUUUUAUAAUAACGGUGAGUCGGCAACGUAAAUAUAACAAGACACAAAAAAAAAACGGUAUUAUUGAAAAAACAAAAGAACCCAGUUUUCAAAUUGACGACCAUUUUCUCCAAAUGACGUUUGAAAUUUUUCAUAAUUUUGAAAUGAAAUGAAACUGAUUAGUAUCAAUCAAACGAAAUACCAAAAGAACGGAAAUAAGUCGACCCAAAAAAUGGCCGACAAUAUUUGUUUUUGUUUGUUGUCAUAAACAAACACCUUACUAUAAAAGUGCGUACUAUUAUAUAUUUUUUAAAUUGCGUUUUGCGGGACAAGUUAUAUAAGAGACAGUUUUCAUAUUUUCGAUGGGUGAUCUGAGCCUCGAAAGGCUAUGAAUAUGAAAAUUUUGGCGGCAACGUUAGUUUGACAAAAAAGUAAUACACCGUCGCCAAAAACCUGAAAAUGACAGUUUGUUGGUUACGCAGGAAUACCCGCCUACGCUGAUUUCGCGUUUCAAUCUUCUGCUUUUUCGCGGUGCUUAGUGUUUUAUAUAGGAGAGAAAUUGUUAGUAGUAAUGACGUUAAGUUUGUCGCUCAGAAUAAUUUUAUAUAUACUUAUAUACGAUAUAUAUAUAUUUAUCUUUUUUUUUUGUUAAGAUGCUUUUAUUGCGUGUUAUGGCGUUUUGGCGAGGGGGUGGGUUGGGGGGGGGGGGGUGGUGAAAAUUCGCGACUGCCGCGCCCUCUUGUAGCCGAACAGGCGUAACACACUAGGCUUAGGUGUAAUUAUAAUAAUAUUAAUAAUAAUAAUAAUAAUUAGCCAGUACGAAUGUGUCAAAGUAUUAACUAAAGACUGUGCGGGGGCCCGCGUCGCCCGGUAAAUUUAAAUAAGGUUUAGUUAAAAAGAAAACAAAAACGCGUUAAGCACAAAUUGGAAAGGAGGGAGAGAGAGAGAGAGAGAGAGAGAGAGAGAGAGAGAGAGAGAGAGAGAGAGAGAGAGAGAGAGAGAGAGAGAGAGAGAGAGAGAGAGAGAGAGAGAGAGAGAGAGAGAGAGAGAGAGAGAGAGAGAGAGAGGGAGAGAGAUAAACGCAAAAGUAGGCUAUUUAUAUUUUUUCGAGAAAGUGACCUUGGAAGUUAAAAUCAACAGUUUUUGAGACGUAAACAAAAAAAAAUAAUAAUAAUAAAUAAAUAAAUAAAAGCAACGACUAAGAGCCCUGUACAAAUAGUCUUAACUCGCCAGCCGCUGCAUUUUCCUCUUAAUACAUAUAUGUAUAAUAUAUACAUAUAAUACAUUCAUUAAAUCUGUACGGUGCAUUCCUGACGAUGCAUUCUCGGCAUAUACGGGGCGUGCGGCAAGUAUCUUUUACGGAGCCGUUCGAAAUACCGCCUUCUUUUCAAAAUUACCGUGAAAAAAACUUCGUAUGUCCCAAACGUUAAAUUCUAAUUAAAUUUUGAGGUAUAGUUUUCAGGAAAAAAAGUGUAUAUUACGUAAAAAACGACUUUUUCAGGUGCGCAACGCAAUAUUUUUUUAAUUGAAAAUAUGAAAUUAACUUCAAGAAAAUGUCGAAAAAUAUUACUAAAAACAGUUGAUCAUUUUUCAAAAUAUAUUGUGAGGUACAAUAACAAUGCAAUGCGAUGCGCGUGAAAUCUGGCGUAACAGCUUUGUGAAAUGUGUGAAAUCGUUGUAAUCUGUAAAAUCCAUGAAUUUUUGGCGAACUCGUCAAUAAUUUCCAAAAUUCUAUGAAGAAAAAACUUAUGCUUCAGCACGUCUCACAACAUGGCCGAAGUGUGAGGGUUUCUUUAUAUUGAUGUUAUCAAUGAUUUUUUUUUAUAUUUUUCUUCAGUCUGUUCAUGACUUCCAACUUAUCCUCAACAUCUGUACAUCCACAUUUGAAAAGUUUCCAGCUUGUUGAGAACCCGUAACAUCGGACCAUUCCCAUUCUGAGCUCAAUUUACUUUUAUUCCUACUUCGAUAUUUUCUAAAACAUCACGGAAUAUUGUCUCCGAGUAUAAAUUGAAAACCAACGGCGAGAUGCUUUCAGUCAUAUUAUUUCCUAUUUUCACAUUUGCCCUUUAACGCCAGUAGAGGUCGGCAAUGAUUCUCAAGUCCUCGUCAUCAAUUCUUGUUGUUUUUAGUAUUCGAAUCAUUUUUUCGUGUUGUACUCGGCACAAGUUUUUAUUUGUACUUGUGCUUUGUGUUUUUAUGUGUUUUUUACUGAAUCUAAGGCUACGUCAUCAUCGCUCUCUUCUUCUGGAUAUUCAAUCUGAAUUUCUUCAAUGUUUCUGAUGUGCCUGAAGCAUAUUACGGCCACUUUAUAAUGAAACAAAAAAAACUUUGGCUCGAGGAUUUAAAUACGAAUUGAGGGCCUGAAACGUUACAUAAUAUCUUACGUCUUGGAACAAUGACGAUACUAAAGUAAGAAAAUGGGUGCGAAAUAAACAUUCGUAGAGACCUGUAAUUAUAUCAGAAAAAAGCACACAUUUGAGACAUUUAAUGAUAUUAGGCGACUUUCCUCUACCGUAAAUAAAAUUCCUAUUUUAUUUAAAUUUAACCAAUCUUACGCCAUGGAAAUAUGAUGACACUAAAGUAGUAAGGUUAAAGGUGAAGGUUAAAAAGUGGUCUUAAGAAACAUAAUGGCAUUAAGUAAAGAAAUUAAUGUGCAAUAUGCAGAAGUUUCUUUUUUCAAAAAUUAAUAAUAAAAAAGUUUACUGGUAGAAGCAAAAGAUUUUUGAAGUUUCGGGCACACGUUCGUACGAAGUUUUUCUCUUAAAAUAAGCUCAGCUUCGGUAUCGAAACGUCAUUAGGGAACGCCCUGCAUAUACGCUCGGCCCGCGAGUUACUUACAGCGCGCCCCGUACACUUUCCGCUGUAUCCACUUUCCCGACCGCGCGAGCGCGAACGGUCUGCAUGUCUACCCGAUUUGUGAGUGAGAAAUCCCUUCCGACAAAGCGACUAGGUUACGGUUUUUUCAUUAUUAUAAUUUUUUUUAAUAAACGCUAGCCCGAUGACGUCUAGAAUCGUUGGCAGAGAGACUCGCAUCGGGGAAAUUUCGUAACGCCCGGCAACACCGCGACACGAUGUACCGGGAUCUCGAUAGAACGUGAAAAGUUCCUAUAAUUUUAUGCCCUAGGAAGAAAUGGACGCCACUGGGAAUUGUUAUUAAAAAAUUUACCCAAAGUUUCAAUAAUUUAUUAAAAAUGAAACAUUAAUUCGUCGUUUUUUUUUUUUCUCAAAAACAGUCGAUUCUUGGAUACCUUUUUAUCAAUUAAAGGCCCGAACUAACCAAAAAUAUUAAAAAAGUUAUGCCUUUUUGUUUACAACUUCUUCCGUCCCCAACAAACUAAAAAACAAGCUAAGUAUGUAUUAAAAAGGGAAUUCACUUGCCUCAAAAGAAUACAUUAGCUCCAAAAACCAUAUAAUUCAAAACAAUGCACCACUUUACUGACCCGAUGCACAAACAAAACUGAGUACGUAUUGACGAUACGAAGUAUCUUUAUUACAUAAAAGAUAAGUCUUACUUUUGAAAAAUACCAUCAAUUACGUAUAAAGUUGCUCGAAAUAACCCAAUACGUACGAAAAAAAUACAAAAAUGCAUUUCAAUCAUAAUCAUGUACAAUGUGUCCAAAUUUUCAUUGUGCAUCUCCUUUAUCGUUAAAGUUAACGUGUAGCUGCUAGGAUGAUUUAUGCGAAGGCGAACGCUGCCCCGGAUGGCCGUUUUUUUUACGUACCAUCCAGUGGCGUAGUCGGUUUUCGACGGAAACUCGCAAAUUUUGAUAUACAAACAACAAAACUUGUGUUUUUUAUGAAACCCGCUACAUAUGUUUUAAGUAAGUAAUUUUACUAGGUUGAUUUUUUUACAAAUUAGUUCCCAUCGAAAAGGAUGUCCGCUUUUUGCUUCAUUUUAAAAGAUAACUUUUUGCAAUCCAACAAAAAGAACAAUUAAAAGAUAUACAUAUAAAAAAAGCACAAAUUUGUGAGCUUCAGACGGAAACUGAUUUUCACUUUUCACCUUUUCCAAAAUCACCCUGUAGACGCAGUAAAACGAUAAAAAAAUGCGACGGGAUUGAAUCGAUUUUUUUCUAAUUUACCUUUCAAGUGCCAUAUACGUGAAGAAAAAAAUGGAAUUGAUAAAACGACAAACGUUCCGGUCUCUCUGCCUCCGGGUUUGGCGUCGUCGACGUACGCGACGUACCUCAUCCGCACCGACUGCGCCGUUUAUCUCGCGGACCGCGGUCGCCCGCGCGCGUCUAACGUCAGCGAAAUUAUUAUAAAUCACUAGAAAAAUGAAUCCUAGUCGAAUAAACCCUAGCUGAAUCGAGAUUAUUGUUGAUUGUAUCUAAAAAAAAAUGUAACCCCUAAAUAAUUAAACGAAAAAAAAAACGUAGUACAUAUACGAGGUUAUGUUCGGAACGCAGCCCGCUCGGUACUAUCCUAUAAAUAAAUGUCGGUGUUUAUCGUUAAAUGUGUUUAGGUUUACGUUGUCGAUGACAGAAACGGCAGUUCCAAGGAAAAAAAUACGCGCGGACCGGUUACGUCACAAAAAACCCACCCUUCCCCCGUCCCUGCCCUUUCCACCGCCGCAAUCGCGUUGUCCGUAUUCCGAAGUGAACAAAUUAUGAAUUAGUAUUUUUUUUUUUGUACGCGAAAUGAUGAUAUUAAGACUGCGUAAUUUAAUGGAAACCAUAUUGUAUAAAUGUGUAAAAUUCUAGUGAUUUAAGAUGAUGCCGUUCGGUGUUUCUUUUUCGGUGGAUUUUUGUUAGACAAAGCCCGAAGCGCGAUCGGAUUCCUAUUCGCCGCCGGACCGUCGCUUUUUAUAAAUCCAAGUUAUAAAUACAACGUCGUACUGUUUGGGUCGAACAAGCUGUUAUUUUAAUUGUAGAACAAGUCGGUACAACGCGUGAACAGCUCGUAUUGAUAAUAUCAAAUAUGCAGCCAAGCUAAAAUAAUGUUUGUAAGAACGUAGUAACAUUAUUUAUAGAACAAAUUUAUAAAUUCAACUUUUUUCCAAGGAUAAUCUAUAAAUAAGUAAUAAAACACGUUGAUUUUAAGAUUAGGCGCGGUACGGCGAGUUGUUCUUAUAAAAACAAGGCGUAUUCAAAACAGAGAUGCAUAUAAUCCAUUUAUUCGUACCAGACACUAAAAUUUAAGACGUCGGAAUUAUAACUGCUUCAAAGUAUAAAACGCACUCUAGCGACUUGUAUUUAUAACAAUAACGCUAACUGCACAAAUAUCAGAGCAUGUUACAAAGUAUGAGACGAACUUAUACAGCACACUCAUUCAUAACAGAAAUGAAUACUUACGAAAAGUUAUAAAAUAAUCAAAUUUCUAAGAAACACAUUCGCAUGUAUGAUACGCGCUGUGGCGACUUGUUCUUAUAAAAACGCCUUUUACCGACUUGUACUUAUAAAAUCAACGCGCAUUGUUGAAAUAACGAAUAACGUCUUCGUCCAAGAGUCGAUCUACAGGAACUACAACGUAAAAAACGCGCUCUUGCGACUUGUAUUUAUAAAAACCACGCGAACUGCUCGAAUAACGAGAAUUGAUGUACACAGACCACAAAAACGUCAGCGUCACUGGUUGUUACAACGUGCGAGACGCGCUCCGGCGACUUGUAUUUAUAAAAACGCGACUGGCCCGAAAACAGGUAGGAUUCCCGGCGCACAAUCAAACUUCCGCAAUAACUUCUUACCCCACCGCGCGAUUCUUCCACCCUCCGUUUGUAAUCAUAGCAAUUAUCGUAUUGCGAAAUUGUGUUGAUGUUGCAGAACCCCCCCCCCCCCCUUCUAAUAGCGAUUCCAAUCUUUGUACGCGUAGGUUAGUGUCUUUUUCUUAAAAACAACAACAAAAAAAACUUUUGUAAUUUUUAAUAUGAUAAUGGUGAUAAAUUUUAGUAUGUAAAUAAUUUAUUCGACGCUGGAAAAAAUUAAUAAAAAAAAGAAAAAACGAAACGGUCGAAAAAAAUUGAAAAAAUCUUUAUGUAAACUCUAUAUUAAAAAAAUAUAUACAUAUGAUCGUCCGGCCCCGGCGGGUGGGUCGUUUUAACAAAUUAUAUUUAAUAUAUUUCUGUUUUAUUGUGAAUUUAUUAUUAUAUAUAAAUAAAUAUAUAUAUACUGAAUGUUCGGCCCGUCGACGGUCGUGAAUGAGCGAAUGCGUGAAAGAACAAGAGUCCGAGAGAGAGAAAGGGAGAUUCGUACGCUACAGCUUGUAUUUCCGCUCAGUGCAAAAAAUAAACGUACG